UGUAUAGAAUACUAAGAUGUAUAAAUGAUGGUGAGAUGGUGCCAACGUGAAAGCAUAUUUAUGGCUCACAAGAAUUAAACAGUCUGCUCCUCAAGAAGGAAAUGUGAUUACAUAUCAUUUUUUUUUAAAUGGAUCACAUAUAUACUAGCACUUACACUUAAACAUAAGAGAAAAGGAUGCGUACAGGAACAAUUUUAAGGUCAUCAUAAUUCAUGGUCAAUACAAUAAGGUUUCAUCCAUGUCAGAAAGUUUACAAAAGAACGAGAAAUUCAAAAUAAAUUUCAAUUAUUAGAAUAUAAUACAAUAAAGCACAAUUGCAACAAAAAGACUAAAUUAUCCGAGUAGUAGUGGGCAUUAGAAAAGUUAUCACAGAAAAUUUUUACUAAAAAUGGGUUGUUCUCCAAGUUCAAUGGCGAGAAGUUCGGCACCUGAUUCUGGCGAGACAACUGCUGCAGCUGGUACUGUGGCUACAACAAAUGAAAAAGAUGGAAAUUUAUUUUUUUGCAUAAAAUUGCGUAGGUCACGUUUACGACGGUGCAGUCAACAAAAUGGUGCAGAAGGUAGUGGUGGAAGUGGUACUGGAAGCGGUAGCGCAGUUGUGAAUGGGGAUGAUAUGUGCAAUCAGGCAUUGCUAAGUCCCCUUCAAAUAAAAGGUGAAGCAGAUUAUGAAAAGAUGAGUUGCGGAAAAAAGGAUUCUAUUGUAACAGUUGCUGCGCUGGGAAAUUUUACACACACGGUAGUGCGACGUGCAACGGGAAGUAAGUAA